AUGUCAGACGAUAUAAGCUAUUUGAUGGGUCAUUUGAGAGAUGAAGUUGAUUUUGAGACAAAUGGUGUAAUCAUGAUGGGCCAUUCAAUGGGCGGGAAAGCAGCCAUGGUUCAUGCAUUACGAUUUCCUGACAUUGUCAAGGGUGUGGUGAGCAUAGAUAAUGUUCCGUAUAUGAAUCCGGAGACAUCAUUCAAGGAAUUCGAGAAGUUUCACCUUUAUCUGAAGCACAUGAAACAGGUUGUUGAUUCUGGAACAUGCAGAAAUGUGGCUGCCGUGGCUGGUUACCUCCUCAAAAAUAUCGAGCGAGAGAAGAAGAUUGUGAUGUUUCUGGUCAACAAUUUGCACAAGGACCCAGUGACUAAAAAGGUCCAAUCACUUGUGCCAUUGGAUAUACUGGAUGAAUAUAUAGAGGAUAUCAUGGAAUUUAAGAUGUCCAAACUUGGUGAUUUGGACGACUAUCCGGUAUACCAAGACCCCUUACUUAUUAUUAGGGCAAAUUACAGCAAUUUCGUGGGUAAUAAUAUACACGAGCACCUGAUUCAAAGUCAUUUCGAAAACUAUCAAAUCCAAUCCAUGGACUCGAGCCAUUGGAUAGUCACAGAGCACCGUGUUCCAUUUGUAAAAAUGGUUUCAAAAUGGGUAUUGGAUAACUUCAUAUAG